UUUUUUUUCUGUAAACGGAAACUAAAAAUCAAAAUUAGGCACGGUUUUGGCCUUCGUGCAUGUUCUUCUGUUAAAUUCCCUGAGCUCAAGGCUCAGGUAGGAGAUCCGAAGCUAGAAUUUUGAAAUUCGUAGAAAAAAGAAGCUUUAUCAUGGAAUCUUCCGCGGCAGAAAAUUAUGAUAUUAUUGACAAUAAUGGCUGCUCCUCGCAAUCUCAGACUUCUACCUGUAUGCAGAAAUUCAGACUCUACGAAACUCGAUCGAACUUUUAUAUGAUUGGAAGGAAUAAGAGUAAAACUUAUUGGAGAGUAUUAAAGAUUGAUAGGCUUGAUCCUCUUGAUUUGAAUAUUCGUGAGGAUUCUACCAAUUACACGGAGUUUCAAUGCUCGGAGUUGUUGAGGCGAAUACACGAAGGAAAUAAACCCACUGGCGGAUUGAAGUUUGUUACGGCUUGUUACGGCAUUGUUGGGUUUAUUAAAUUUUUGGGGCCUUACUAUAUGCUGCUUAUUACAAAACGAAAACGAAUUGGUGCAAUUUGCGGUCACAAUGUAUAUGCAGUUUCGAAAAGUGAGAUAAUUCUCCUCCCGAAUUCAACUGUCAACCCAGGCAUUUCGGACGUUAGGAAUGAAAAUAGGUACAAGAAGCUCCUAGGCAUGGUGGAUCUUACAAAGGACUUCUUCUUCAGCUAUUCAUACCAUGUUAUGCAUAGUCUUCAAAAGAACUUGUGUAAUAAUGAACGAGGCCAAGUUCUUUAUGAGAGCAUGAUGACGAGAAAAGCACUUUAA